GGCCGGCUAGCUAGAGGGGCUUGUUUCCGCGGCGCUCCCGGGUGGUGGGCGGCCAUUUUAAGUGCGUACUCUUCAGGGCUCUGGCGGGAUUGGUUCCGCGUCUGGUCUCGUCGGCUGCCGCCAACCCACCAGGGCCGGAUCUGGAGCCCUUCCCCGCGGGGCGGGACCUCCUCACCGCCGACUGCAGGUGAAGGGUAACCCCGGCACGGUGGGGCUUAGAGCGAGCUUCCUCGUUCCUUCCCACGAGACCGCGGGACAGGCUGUACACCUGGCGGACCCGCCUUAGGCUGAAGAAACACUUAAAUUCUGGAGAUAGCAGCAACUCGGUAUCAUGGCCGGCAGCCCUAAUGAAGAUGCAGAAGGAAGCAGAAUCGCUUAUGUGAAAGGAGACCUUUUUGCGUGCCCCAAAACAGACUCUCUAGCCCAUUGUAUCAGUGAGGAUUGUCGAAUGGGCGCUGGGAUAGCUGUACUCUUCAAGAAGAAAUUUGGAGGGGUACAGGAACUGUUAAAUCAACAAAAGAAAUCUGGAGAAGUGGCUGUUCUGAAGAGAGAUGGACGAUACAUAUAUUACUUGAUUACAAAGAAAAGGGCUUCACAUAAGCCAACUUAUGAAAACUUACGGAAGAGUUUAGAGGCCAUGAAGUCGCAUUGUCUGAAGAAUGGAGUCACGGACCUCUCCAUGCCCAGGAUUGGGUGCGGUCUUGAUCAUCUGCAAUGGGAACACGUAUCUGCAAUAAUUGAGGAGGUGUUUGAGGCAACAGACAUCAGAAUUACUGUGUACACACUCUGAACAGAUGAGCGUUUUGGAUGUGUCCAUGUUUUUCUGCGUCAUCCCAGCUGGGCCGUUGGACUGGGCAAACUGACUAAAAAUUGUCAGAGGAGAGUUUCAUGUGAAGUUGUCUGUGCUACAGGCCAUGCUUGGGUUUCUGUAUUCCCGUGGUUGGACUGGGACUCUGAAGGAGGGAUUGCUUGGGAAGUGUUGCUGUGAUUUUUCUUUGCAGGUAGGUAGGUAGGUAGGUAACAGCCUGCUAUUUGGCAGGAAACUAGGUGUUGGGCCCUAUGACCCUGUUUUGCUCCAGGAUUCUACCUAAUUUGUUUGGCUCACCACUAGGUGGCAGCAUUGAUUCCACUUCUCUGCUGUUUUAAGAGAAAUUUCAGGAAGGAUGAACGUUUCACUUCGUUAAUUUUGAAUCUUUUGUCAUUUUUUGCGUUUACUUGGUAUUAUCCUUAUGUCCUCAGAUUCAUCCUAGAAGAUAAUUUUGAGGUUUUGUUUGUUUAAAUUACAAAAAUGGGUUUUUACAUUGUAAACAAGGAAUUUGUGUAAACAAAAAGGGGAAAAUAAAUAUCUUCUUGGGCUACAGUGAGGUUCUGUAUGCAUGUCUGUGUUCUGACUUGGAUAGUGAAGGAUUCACCUGUAAAUUCGGAAAAUUCAGAAGGGGGGUCCAGUGGGAAGAGCAGCAAGGUUAAAAAUAAGAAUGGACAGCAUCUAUGGAUCAACAUACUGUAAAGGCAGGCUUCUAGAAUCCCUUCAUGCUGAACUCUUCGGCCCACUACAUAGUGUCUGUGAUUGAACCUGCCUGAAUUUAGUCAGGGAACAUAUCAUAUAUGUUAAAUGCCUGGCAAUGUGCUUAUUGCGGAGUGAUGACUCAGUUGUUCUCAAUAAAAUCGAUGCAUCUUUUAAAGAAAAAAA